GUAGUCGGUAAUGCAGAGAAGUAUAUUGAUCUUUUGAUUUUCCUAGUGAGUUUUGGUACAACUGACGACAGAUGGCAACACUGGGGAUUUUAGUUUCCCGCCAAAAAUACAUUCAACCAAUCAAAAUAGCAGACAAACUCUUUCACUUCCUGUGGAGAAAAUUUUGCGAAUUUGGUACAUUUGGUAUCAUAUCAUUGGUAUUUAUUUUCUGCAAUUUUCACACCUAAAAAAUGGUGUCAGGUGAAAUCAUUUCUACGUUCAUCGCCAUUGAACAGGGCGCCUUUAUUUUUUAUUACGCCCCUGAAGUAGUUUUAGAAGUGUUCCAAAUUCAAUUGAAAAACAAUUUAAACUGAAAAUAAUUUCAUUAAACAUGGAAAAGAAUUUAAAACAAUUUACUCCAGUUACCAUUUCGAGUUCUCCGGUGACAAAAGGAAAAGCGUUAACGGGAAUUCCACUAAUUGUAAGAGAUUCAGUGAUAGAAGUGCAUACAAAUAUUCAAAAAUGGAAUACUAUUCAUUUAAAAGGAAUUCCAAUUGUACAAUCUGUAAUCGAUUUAAAAACCGAUGAAUCAUAUCCCGAUGAAUUAAUUAAUUUAUGCUCAUCGCUGGAAAAAAUUUGCGAUGAAAUAGAUGCAAUUGUUUGUAAUUUACAAAAUUCUUAUCAAAAAUUGAAAAAAUUGCAGUCAUUGAACACGACAAAUACAGUGGAGAAUUUAUACACGUCGUACAAGGAAGAGGCAAAAACGAAACGAAUUAUUCUCGAAAAUAUUGCCCAUGUAAAUGGAGAUGCGGAAAAAAUGGUUUACUUUACGAGUUGGGUUUAUCAGCCUCAGACAUCGGAUAAUUUAAAAUUUCAAAUUGAAACGAUGCUAAUUGAGAGUGGAUUACGAAAAAUCUAG